AUGCGGCGCGUGUUUUCCUGUAACGGCAUGGUUCUGGCGAACAGCGCUGCGGAUCGAGACAUGAACGUGGGCGUGAGAAGCAAGUGUCCGUGGAAGCCAUUCCCGUGCCGAGACACGAUCAGUACAAGGCGCGGUCUCGGGGAGCAUGCCAUGACCCAACCCCAUAGGCGGAGUAGAGCCCCACCUCAGCGCAAAGCAGUCAAAGCAAGCGGCGAAAGCGCUGUGGAGGCGCGAGACGGCAGCGUCCCCAAAGUGGCAAACUCGAACAAAAGCAACGGCAGUGAAGAUGGAGAUUCAGAGCAGCAGACCGGUCGAGCUGAUGGCGCAGGCGAUGUCCACGUCGUUGGCCCGUCCCAUACGUGCCGACACCUGGCCGCCCAGGCAUACAUCAUGCACUGGCAAUACCCGCGAGUGUGCGUCACCGAGCAAGGCCACAUAGCACCGUUGCUCCCGCUCACUCCACGGCUUUUCUUCCGCACCACCGUGUGCCAGUGCUUUGCCGAACGCUUGGUUGUGUAUGAGGAUGAGCAUGUGGCCAUUCAAGCCCUGGUCGCCGCCGUUUCGGAUGACGCUUCAGCUUCUUCUGCUGCCAAGCCCCAGCCCGUUGCUCCAUCCAGUCGUCAACCUCGGCGUGGACUCCUUGCCCUCUUCCAACGCGACUGGCAUGUGCGCAAUGGAGGCCGUCACGUAGCCCUUUGGCAAUACCGCUUGCGACAGCAGCACAGCCAGCUGUGGAUCAUUGACGUUGCCACGGAGGAUGCAGCACACUGGGUGCACCAACAUCUCUUGUCCAACCCGUCUGAUGCAACCCCAGACUUGGUGAUACACCUGGCUCCCACUGACGUCACAAGCAGCCCAACAUAUCAAAACAUACUCGCCACCUUGGCAUCGGCCUACCAUCUCUUUGUGCGCGCCGACGAGGCCUCUGAUCGGCUAUGGCGCGUUGGUAGCACCUGGGACCUUCGCGCUGGACGCAUGGUUGACUCGCAAGUCAAUUUUGGCCCGAGCUCUGCACCCCACACUGCAUCCGGUUUGGUGCGAGCGCCGCUGACCCCGAUUGUGCUCACCUUUCUUGGAACCGGUUCUGCUGAGCCCUCAAAGGCCUUUGUUGCUGCCGCCAUGCACGUGCAGGUCAUGAUUCAUGAAGCCACUUUCAAUUCUGCGCUUCAAGAUCACGCGCUUCGCAAGCGGCACUCGACCAUGGAAGAGGCCUUGUCCGUGGCGCAACGUGCUCAAGCUCGCUGGCUCAUCUGCACCCAUUUUAGUCAGCGGUGA